AUGGUGUUUAUAGUUGUGAUUGGGGUGGGAGAGGUAGAAAUGUAUGCUCAGAUAAAAAGAGGCAGGAUAGUUGGUUUGUUGCUUGGUUUGUGCUUGGUGGCCCUAAACUGGCCAGAAGGGUUGGUAACAGCUAACGAUAAACGGUUGGUUGGAGAGCCACCGACAUUGAAUGAGUUGGCGGAGUUGUACUUUUUGUGGGCGGAGCGGGCUUUAGAAGAACAUAAGCGUAGUUUUGGUGAACAACCUAACGUACACAACCCAACAUCAACUCAAUAUUUAAAGUCUGAGUUUUAUACUGAGUUAGGGUUUAAACAGCAAGAUUUAGAUCGUGUUAAGCAAGUGGCUACUCUGAUUAAGAUUUUAUGUAAAACAGAUAGUACUAACUCUGGUAAUUUAGCUCAAACGUUUGAUAUUAAGGAUGUGCCGGAUAUUCUUAGACUAUAUGUUGCUUUAACUGAGCACCCUUCCGUUGAUCAGAUAGAUGUUGAUCCGAGACAGAAGAACUUUGUUGAGAAUCUGGCCCAGUGCGUUUAUACUGCGAUUGAUCCGGAUUAUCUUUGUGAUUUGGAAAAGAUAAGCUUAAAAUCAGAAACAUAUGCUGAGUUGAUUGGUCCGGCUCCAAAUGAAGAAGAUUCGCUUAAGCUUAUACGCAAACCAACUCUUAUUCAGAACAAUGAAGAUUUGGCUGCAGUGCGUGACUGUCCCUUGCGCAACCAUAUUCAUCCGCUGAAUACAACCCUCUUUUUCCAUGGUCUUAAUUGCAUUUAUGAAGAUGAAACAAAGACAUUCGUUAUACUUAGACACACGCCAGAGAACGAACUUAAGCCGACCACUGGGUUGAUCAAUCGAAUUGGCCGAUAUGUUUUCACUACUGCGGUCCGAUUGAGAUAUGCCCCUAGUGAUGUAUACACUAUAAUGGCGACUGAUAAGAACCUAGAGACUCUAAUGCAAGUAUUGGAGUCAAGCCCAUUCUGUCCUAAUGGUCGUAUAGCGUUUAAACGGCAUGAGAACAAAGACAUAGAGACUUUUAAAGGUUACCAAGCGACCAAGAGACAAAAAGAAAGGGCAGAGAAGAUGCUUAAGGCGGAUUUAUCGCUAGGUACGGCCAUUGGUAUGGUGCUUGUAAUAUAUGGCCAAUCUAUAUAUAAAAUGUGGUUAGCUCUGAUCGCUCCGCAGAUCUUGCUAAUGUAUGUACUGCCUAGUAGUAUAGUAGUGCUUGGGACAGUCUGUUCUCUAGUCUUUUUCCGCUAUAUUAAGCCUUCAGCUACCGAUCCAACCAAACUCACAACUUGGCAAAGGUAUGCUUUUGCUUUACUGGUCAGCGCCGCGAUCAUUGGAUUAUCAGCCGUUCUUAUGUAUUUUAUUAAUACCAGCACAGGUGAGCUAUCUUUAUUCAAUGUUAUAGUAUUGGGCUACCAAAUACUAGCACCAGUUUCUAUUAUUAUCAGCAUUGCCAUGCAAAUGCUGCCCAACCAAAGAUGGCCAAAAUUGAACCAUUAUUCUUACUGGUUACUCUAUGCUCUAUCGUUUUUAUUAGCAAUCGCUAUACCAUCUCUCUCUUUUUGUGGCUUGGCACUUACGGCUCGCAUGCUCCUUCAAACGCACAUUCUGACCGUAUCCAGUACUCUCUUUAGUGUUGGCGCUCUUAUUAAUGUUUUUGGUCCUUGGCUUGAUGAAGAUAGAGAAAAGCACACAGCGGAACCAUUUGAUAGAGCAGUACAAGCUCGCAUGCUUAAGUUAGCAGUAGCAGGAUUUGUAAUGAUUAUUACCAUCGGCUUGGCAGUUUGGGUAUCCAAUAAUUACAACUUACUAGCCAAUAACAUUGCUGAUAUCAAAGAUUAUAAUUUACUCGAUUCAUUGAUCGCAAAACUUACCGGCCAACCAGCUCAAACUCUACUACCAGCAUAA